AUGUUCAUGCAGGAGAUUUGGUUGCAGAACUUAGGCUGGGACGAUAAGCUUCCCACUGAAAUGAGUCAGCGGUGGCAAUCGUUUUUAGACGAGUAUUCCGACCUCAACCAGAUCCGCGUUCCGAGAUGGAUCUGGUACCAGCCUGAGGUAAUCAUAGAGCACCACGGUUUCUGUGACGCGUCUCAGAGAGCCUAUGGAGCGGCUAUAUACAUCCGCGUCGAGAUGGGGCAAAAGAUCCUGACUCGCCUGCUUACAGCCAAAACACGAGUGGCCCCGGUAAAAACCGUCUCCCUUCCUCGGCUAGAGCUCUGUGGUGCCGUGCUGUUAACCGAAAUGGUGACAGCAAUCCUUCCGCACAUGCCCUCCGCCAGUUCAGAUAUCCGCUGCUGGACAGAUUCCACAAUCGUCUUAGCCUGGCUACGAAAGCCUGCGUGCAACUGGACCACAUUUGUGGCCAACAGAGUUGCCAAGAUCACGCAGGCGACGCCAGUCGACUGUUGGGCACACGUUCGCUCAGAACAAAACUCCGCCGAUCUAGCCAGUCGAGGCGUAUCCCUACAUGAAUUGGCAGAAAACCAUCUCUGGUGGCACGGACCAGAGUGGCUGCAAGGGCCACGAGAGCUAUGGCCAGCACAAAGCGACACUCUUCCAGUGACAGAGCUAGAACAGCGCGCGGUCAAAGUGCAUUUUGUCAAGGCCCCGUCCAUCGACUUUCUCGAACGUUUCUCCAAAUUGGACAAGGCCCUGCGAGUUCUGGUCUAUGUUCAACGCUUCCUUAAACGCUGCCGCAAAGGUUCGUUCUUGCCCAAUUCACGCCCUACAAGUGAAGAGAUCCGGGAGGCAGAACGAACUCUGACCUCCAUUGCGCAGCGCAGAGCAUAUGGCCAAGAGCUUCAGCAUUUGACCGAGAAAAAGCCUCUUCCAGUGUCAAGUCCUUUGGUGAAUUUGUUCCCGUUCAUUCACCAACACGGCCUUUUAAGGGCGUGCGGCCGUCUCACUGCCUCCAAAACCCUGCAAUAUGAUGAACGUCAUCCGAUUAUUCUCCCCUAUGACUGUAGACUGUCGCGUCUCAUCGUCCAAUUUACCCACCAGAUUACUCUUCAGGGCGGUAGUCAAUUGAUCGUACGCCUGAUCCGAUCGAAGUAUUGGAUUCCUAAAAUCAAGAAUCUGGUGAAGGCUGUGGUCAAUCCGUCAAGGCGCGGUUGUCCUCAGCGGGUCCAUUCGGAUAAUGGUAAGACCUUUGUGGGGGCGGCAACUUUGAUUUCCAGGGACUUUCUCCGAGCUACCAAAGAGUCCGUGACUGAUGCAUAUAGCCAUCAGGGACUCGUAUGGCGGUUCAUCCCACCAGGGGCUCCACAUAUGGGGGGUUUGUGGGAAGCAGGGGUGAAAAGCUUCAAAACCCUGUUCCUUAAAUCAACGUCAGCCCGCAAAUACACAUUUGAGGAGCUGGCGACGCUUCUCGCUAAGAUUGAGGCUUGCCUCAACUCUAGACCCCUCUCCCCUAUGUCCGAAGAUCCCUCAGAUUUGCUGGCCCUCACACCAGGCCAUUUCCUUAUUGGAGGGCCGUUGCUUUCCACGGCGGAACCCGAGAUAAAGGGCGAAGCCAAGUCGAUAAUAAAUCGAUGGCAACACCUCAAGGCACAACAUCAGCAGUUUAGUGCACGGAACCUCCAAGCCGACGAUAUGGUAGUUGUCAAGGAGGACAAUCUACCACCGAACGAAUGGCGGCUCGGCAGAAUCGUUUCUGCCUUUCCAGGAGCCGACGACCGCAUUCGAGUCGUUGAGAUCCGUACGUCUCGCGGCACCAUAAAACGCCCUGUCCACAAGGUUAUUCUUCUACCGAUGGAGGACAAAGAGUCCUCCGUUCCUAGGGAUUAG